CACCACACUACCUUCUUCCUUGCCACUUGGUUUCCGUUCUUCUCUUCUUCGGCUGCCGUAUGGUUGCGCUUCCAUUCCUUUUCAAUUUCUUCCCAAUUCCUCUCGUCGUCUAAGGACGCUGGACUGAUCGCCAUCUCAUCGUUGGAUACGAUACCUUGUUCCCCCAACUUCGAAUCAUUGCAGAGCAAUUGACUAGACAUUCGCUACCGAAUGACAUUCAUUUCGCAUACCUCACCCUGCAGUUGAAUUUGCAACACAGACAUCGGUCGCUCCUUCAAACCUACCUUGACCUGCUUGAAGCUGGAGUCAUUUCUCUGGGGGAGAGAAAGUUGGGAAAAGUACCGAGGCUCAUCGCGGCGUCAGGAUAAUGCUCACACCUUCAUAACCGGUAACGGACCAGUGCGGCCAAUUCCAAGCAGCGCAAACUGAGAGCUUGCAACGCUGUUGAGCAGCUGAAUCCUAUUCUCCAGACACAAUGUCCCACGCUCGACUGCCUAGCCAGUCGAACCGAUUCCACUAUCCACAAUACGCAAAUCAACAACAGCAACAACCAGCAGCUGAUUAUGCUCACCCUUCCCAGUAUCAACAAAAUCAGCAAGAAUUCCCUCCUCAUCCCUCGAUAAGACUACCAGCAAAUGCCAAACUCAAUGUCCGCCAGGUACCAUUGGGAGUGGGAGUUUCUCCGCCGCCAGUAAGAUUUGCAAGUCCCCAGCGGCCACCGCAGAGACCAGAAGGAUCCGGGGUAUUGGUUCAGGAUUUUAAAUUUCCGACGGCACCUCCGGUUCCUGAGAGUUCGACAGGAAACACAAAGCAAGAUGCUUCCCAAUCCCCGGGCAGAAGGUAUAACGUCCACGAGUCUUACAUGUCGUCUGUGCUUGAUGACUUUGUUACCCCUGGCACUACUCCUGGUUCUCGAUCCAGAGGCUUUCCUACACCUAAGAGAUACUCGGGUUCGGUGUACGCAGAAAGUGAAGCUUUGGGAGUCGACGAACGAUACGAUCAGGGCAUCACCAGCCAAAAUAGUAGCAGAUCAACCUCACCAGAAAACAGUCCUCAGAUUGUACGUCAAGCGAGUGUUGGAAAACGAGCCAAGCCUGCGAUGACCACAAUCAAGAAUAGAAACAGCCACAUGGGUCAUGAGAUACCAGAAGAAGGCGCAGGUAAUGUUACUUCCACGACCCGAGCUGCAGCCAUGAAUGCACUCAGUGCUGCCGUUGCUGCAGGAAUAACCACCAAGCCACCACACUUCCAACCUGAAUCCUCUGAAUCGCGCAGUUACACCCCAGUCAGAAUGCCUUUCGAUACCUCCCCACCAGCCUCUCCUUCUGCUGACAGAGAAUACCUGCAAACUCCCAAAUCAUUAAGCACCAUAGCCACCACCAAACUCUUCGAGCCCACCCCCAGCUCAUCGCACUCUCGCAAGUCAACCAACCCCCUCCUCGGUCUAGGCAUUGAACAACCUUCGAUGAGUGAUAAGAUCCCUCCCAACCGAAGGCCUCCGAGGCUGGAUAUGGACGCAGUCAAGGAAGCUGAACAACGUGGCAGCACCACCAGUCUCUCGGACCUCAUUAGAAGAGCCACAAGACUAGCUGCGAAUCUGGACCGAGGAAAGACUGCAAGCAGACUAGGUAUGCUGGACAUGUGGGGAAGUUCUGAUAAGCUCAGCAACGCCAACCGGCACUCGACGAUGUCGGACAUGAUCUCAGCUUUCCCUGCUCCCGCUGCUGGCGGUACUCCCACAAAUCGAAAGGAUGGAGGCUGGCCCCUGACUGAAAAGGGUGAAGUCUACGCCUCAACCACGGAUUUGUCGAAAGACCCAUCUCGAACGAAACGGCGGAAGUGCUGUGGUCUACGAUUACCUGUUUUCUUCAUUGUCCUCGUGGUCGGCAUUAUUGUGGUCGCCGCUGCUGUGUUAAUUCCUAUUUUCCUAAUUAUUGUACCGAGACAACACUCAAAAGACAACUCCUGCGCAUCCAUUCAUCCUUGCGAGAAUGGUGGCACAAGUAUAUCUAGUCAAGAUACUUGCGUUUGUGUCUGUUCUAAUCGCUUUACCGGAAGCCAGUGCGAAACUCCUGGAGAUGUUCAAGACUGCACGACCACUACUUUAAGCGAAGGCUCCAACCAGUACAAGAACGCCACCAUGGGAUCUUCGGUGAUGCCUUCACUUUUGCAAGCCCAGAGUCAGUUCAACAUCUCGCUGAAUUCAUCAACCAUUCUAUCCCUCUUUUCAUCCAACAAUUUGUCAUGUACCAGUGAGAAUUCUCUCAUGAAUUUCAAUUCGACUUCACAAUCAACCAAAACAAGGAGAUUCAUCAUGGUACCUGGUCUGGAACCACAAAGCAAUCGACUUGCCUCAAUCGAUGAUAGCCCUGCCCAACCUGUGGUUAGUAAGCGCGUUGAAGAUCCCAGAGGAUUUCAAUUCGAACGAAGAGACGACAGUGUUACGGUGGGCACCUCCAAUGGUAUCGUCUUUCAAGCCACGUCAGCUACUGAUAUUGGUGCCGUGCCAACACCUUCGUCAUCAGAUGAUAGGGGCGUGUCUACCGUCACCAGCGUGGCAGAAUCCAGCAGCCCAACAGCUGCCGCAUCUUCAAGAUCUGAGUCCAGCAGUCCAAGCGCCACAAGUAGUGGCAGCGCAUCCAAACCAACGUCUACUGUGACGGACAAAGAAGUCGACUUUGCUCGCGUUGUAGUGUUGUUUGUGUUGCAACAGUCACGCACGCUAGACGUGGCAGUUCAUGCCCAGCAGAAGAUGGAGGACUUUUUCCAACAACAAACACAAGGCAAUUCGUCUACAACGGUUGAUGUCGGGGAAGGGAAUCAACGAUUCUCGGCAGACUUUGAUGCAUUCAGUAUCAAACUAGGCAAUGGUUUAGUUGUUGGCGGAACGAAUGCAGACUGAAUCGUUCUGGACUUGGCAACUGCCAUGUUCUCAGAGGCAAUGUGCCGAUUUUUGAAUGUUUUAUUAAAAAAAUCAGGCAAUGAACCGCUUAUGGGGACACCUUUUGCAGGCUUGGAUGGCACUUUGCAUAAGCAGAACGUUCUGGAUAUGCAGAAAACAUUGGUUUUCUAUUUCACCUUGUUCACCACAUUUUUCGACGAAGAAGCAGAAAAGGAGGGCGGAGGGGAAGGUCAAUCUCUCUUUUUCACUUCGAAAUCUCCUUAAUUUCAACAGCCCAACCAUGUGCUGUCUUUGUUUCGUUGGGCUUGUUGGCCGAGGCCAAAAUGGCGCUGAGGGAUUAGCACGUCCUCUCUGUAUUGUACUUUUAUCCUCCAUGUAUGCGAAUAUCUUUUUUAGCGAGCGAGCGAGCAAGCAAGGCAAAAGGCAAGCGAAGCCCAAAAAUUCCAAGCUGAGAUUCAUUUUAUGCUACUAGCUUCUUUUUUUCAUCAAG